AUCAUUUAACAAUCUACAACAUUUCCAAUCUACUCAGAACAACCCCUCUUUCCCCAGCAGAGUAUCACCUCCUGGUUUAGGAUCAUCAAGCUCUGCUAACUGGAUCUCACCCUGCCUGCAGGAUCUCAUUGCCAGGCUUUCACUCUCCCCCAUCUUGCCUAGGGGGAAAUCUCUUCUGCGGAAUCUCAGAAACUCAUAUUUCUUCCUAAGAAUAUUACACCAAGAAUUUUCCUUAAGAGCUGUGUGUGGGGUCCUACGAUGACACACCAACCUCUUGUGCUGCCUCCUGUCAAAACUUUGGAUGUCCCCACUUUCAGGUCAUGACCCCUGGAUUUAAGAAAUUGUUUAGGACAAUGUCAACUAUGAUCCAAGAGAAAAUGUGAUUUGAGUCUGGAGACAAUUGUGCACUGCUUCCUGCUUUUGUGGUUAUAUUUUUCUUACGAUCACCUUAUAAGGAAAAACAUCUAUAGCUGAUAGAAGAGAAAACUUUUUCAGAAGUUUGCUACAGUUGAAAGGAAAAGUGCUUCUAGUUUGAUUUAUAUUAUAUAGCAUAUUUCAUUUUGGCUUUAAUGAUGGAGAAAAAGCAUAUCCUGUAUUUUCUGCUUCUCUUGCCCUUUUUUAUGAUUCUUGUUAUAGCAGAAUCAGAAGAAGAGAGCCACGAGGAUUCAAUUCAGUUGGGUGUUACUAAAAAUAAAAUCAUGACGGCUCAAUAUGAAUGUUAUCAGAAAAUUAUGCAAGACCCCAUUCAACAAACAGAAGGUGUUUACUGCAACAGAACCUGGGAUGGAUGGCUGUGUUGGAAUGAUGUUUUGGCAGGAACUGAAUCGAUGCAGCUCUGCCCAGAUUAUUUUCAGGACUUUGAUCCUUCAGAAAAAGUUACAAAGAUCUGUGACCAAGAUGGACACUGGUUUAGACAUCCAGCAAGCAACAGAACAUGGACAAAUUAUACUCAGUGUAACAUUAACACACAUGAGAAAGUGAAGACUGCACUGAAUUUAUUUUACCUGACUAUAAUUGGGCAUGGAUUAUCUAUUGCAUCACUGCUUAUUUCGCUUGGCAUAUUCUUUUAUUUCAAGAGCCUAAGUUGCCAAAGGAUUACCUUGCACAAAAAUUUGUUCUUCUCUUUCGUUUGUAACUCUAUUGUCACAAUCAUCCACCUCACUGCAGUGGCCAACAACCAGCCCUUUGUGGCUACAAAUCCUGUUAGUUGUAAAGUAUUCCAGUUCAUUCAUCUUUAUCUAAUGGGCUGUAAUUACUUUUGGAUGCUUUGUGAAGGCAUUUACCUACACACACUCAUUGUGGUGGCUGUUUUUGCAGAAAAACAGCACCUGAUGUGGUAUUAUUUUCUUGGCUGGGGAUUCCCACUGAUUCCUGCUUUUAUACAUGCUGUUGCCAGAAGCUUAUAUUACAAUGACAACUGCUGGAUCAGUUCUGACACACAUCUCCUCUACAUUAUCCAUGGCCCGAUUUGUGCUGCUUUAUUGGUGAAUCUUUUUUUCCUGUUAAAUAUUGUACGUGUUCUCAUCACCAAGUUAAAAGUUACUCAUCAAGCAGAAUCCAAUCUCUACAUGAAAGCUGUGAGAGCUACGCUUAUCCUGGUGCCCCUGCUAGGUAUUGAGUUUGUGCUGAUUCCAUGGAGACCCGAAGGAAGAAUUGCCGAAGAGGUUUACGACUACAUCAUGCAUAUCCUUAUGCACUACCAGGGUCUUUUGGUCUCUACAAUUUUCUGCUUCUUUAAUGGAGAGGUUCAAGCAAUUUUGAGAAGAAACUGGAAUCAAUACAAAAUUCAAUUUGGAAACAGCUUUUCCCCUUCAGAUGCUCUCCGUAGUGCAUCCUACACAGUGUCAACAAUCAGUGAUGUUCAAGGUUACAGUCAUGACUGCCCUAGUGAACACUUAAAUGGAAAAAGCAUCCACGAUAUUGAAAAUGUUGUUUUAAAUCCAGAAAAUUUAUAUGUUUGAUAACAGAGGGAUCACUGCUUAACUGUUUUAUUUUACCACUCCUGAAUUUCUUGAAAGCCACAAAGAAAAUCCUCACAUGAAUUCAGUAGGGUGCUGGUAAAUGUUUAACAAGGAGCUCAGUGGGUGGAGAGUGGGGGGACGGCAGAUUCCUAGCAUUUGCCAGUUUCUGUGGAGUAAUUACUCCUGUGAUAGCUGAUUUCAAGCUACCAACUUGCUGUUACUGAACGUGGAAUUGGGAAGAGAUGAGCACAAUCAACUCUUGCGAACUGGUACGAGCCCGGUCCAGCACACCACUACCUGAAUUCACAAAUAAAUGAGACAACAAAAGUUUGUAUACAUGUUGGGCAUGAUUCUACUGUUGUUGCCUAAAGAGACCUAGCUAAGGAGUAUUGACAUAGAGGGAAAAUAAGGUUGGGUUUUUUGUUGUUUUUUUUUGAAUUUGUAUUUUUUACCCCAUAUUCAUUGAUGCAGUUGAUAGUUUUAUUCAGAAUGAGUUCUAACUAUUUUUGUAAUUAACCUCUCAGAUGAAAAGGGUUAAUUAUUCCUACUGGUCUGUGUUCUUCUCCCCCCCAAAAAAAGCAACUGAGAAGAAUUGCUAUGGGCUACUUAUUUGCUGACACCUGACAGUUAUACCUUGUGUUAUAUCUGUUUUUGAGACUUGGUAAGCAGGAUGCAAUGAGAUGCAAUCAUACUUCGGUAUCAUUAGGGUCACAUCUUAGUUGAUGCUAUGAAACACCUUGUUGUUUCUUUACUGUUUGUCUUACUACACAACAUGGGAAAAAAGUGGUUUCCUUGGAUCAGAAAAUAGAAAAUUUGUCCCUACCAUUUCUACCAUGUAGACAAAUUAGCAGCCAUUUUAUAUGAAGAAAAUUAAUGAAGGAAUUCUUAUUUUCUUUGGAGCUUGUAAAAAUUAGUUGCGAAAAUGAGCUUGUAAAUAUUGUUAUUCUGUUUCAUAGCCUCAUAUCAAUUGCAUACAACCUAAUUUUUUUAAAACAAAUACAUAAUGCAACAAUGUAUGCAUGGUAAUGUCUGAUACCGUGUCUGGGCUGAUUUUAUAAGAAAAUAGAGUCUGGAAUUCUAUAUUUGGUAAAUAUUUUAAAGACAACCAGAUGCCAGGAUCAAAUGUUUGAGAACUAAGAGAACAGAAACAUCUAUAUAGGAUAUAAAAUAUUUAUUUAAAAAAACUUCAAGUCCAUUAUUUUAUUGAAUGUAUUAGCUUUGGUGAUUCAUACUUUAAUAAUAGAUGUGCUUGACAUAUUUCUUCUAUUUUGACGAUGAACUUGCAUUCUAAUCCAGGAAAGGUAAGCAACUCCUGCUGUAAUAAAUGCCAAUCUGCUACUUUUAUGGAUUUUACCCCAUUAAAAAUAUUACUUUACUUACUUUUAAUAUAUGAUAAAAUAUGGUUUUGGAAAUGUUUAUUUUUAAAAACCUGGAGAAACAGUAUAUAUUGUUUUCACAUGUUUGGAUUUUCUGAAAAAAUGGAAUAUUUUAAUAGAGUUAAUUUAUAUGCUAAUACAAAUCAGUGAAAGACGAAUAUUUUGUAGAGGAAAAACUAUUGUCAGAACAAUUAUGGAAUAAUUAAAUUAAGAUGAAAGAAAGCCUUGCUAUGAAUUAGAGUGACAUUUAAAUGGGAUUCAGUUUCUCUAAGGUUAAUUUUCCCUGAAAUUUUUAAAGAAUCAAAUUGUCUUUAAUUAAUAAAAGUCAAUUUUGAGAGAAGUCAUAUGCAUAUGUAUUUUUCAAGGGUGCCAAUAUGUUUGAAAUGGAUUAAACUAAUGACUUAGUUAUCAUAGGUUAUUUCUUAAGCCUUCCAUAGAUUGUGAGUUCAGAAGUUAUUUGAAGUCAUCCAGGAAAAUUGUCCAAAUUAGUCAGAAUUAACAUAUUUUUAAAUGAUAUAGUCAAAUUAUAAAAUUUAUUUAUGUAAAGUGAAACUAUGAACUACUACUACUAACGUGAAACUAUUAUGAAGUUAGUUUCAAAUUCAUAGAUUUCCUAGUAGUUAUAAAAAGGAACACAGGCUGUUCUGGAUUUUCUAUUUUCUAAAUUAUACAAAAAUUCCUAUACAUAAAUUCACUUUAAUUAUUCAAAAAUUAAUUGAAUUAUUAUUCAAAAAUGCAGAUUCAAUUCUUUAGCUAACAGUGUUCACAUAUCUCAGCAUUCUUCCAGAAAAACUGUCAAACUACAACCAUAUAUGCAGUACAAAAUGUUGAAUUAUCAGAGACCAUUCUAUUAAUAUAGUGAUAAUGCAGUCUUCAAGUAUUUUUUAUAGUGCAUUUUGUAAAGUUUAAAUAGAUUUCCUUUAUGGUCAGAGUUCAUCUGUUGUGCAGUCUUCAGGUGUAGGCUGUCCUCGAUUACUCUGUGUUAGUACUGUACUCAUUGUUUAAAAGUAAUAUUUUUAAAUGUUAGACUUCUUUAAAGCUGAAUUGCUAAUUAAGAUCUUCUUUGUAUUUUACUCAUGAAGAAAAGCUAGAAUUUGGUACUUUUUGAAAGCAUACUUCUUUGGUAUCUAUCUAAAAACUAAUUUGGGAAUUUCUAACUUUUAAAAUAUAGAUCUUCUAUUUUUAUGCAAUUACUUGUGAAAACCACAUUCUAAUUUUCUAAAAAACUGUCAGUUUUUUUUAAAAAAUAUUUCUAUAGUUGUUUUCCAGUACUUUUAUUCAUAAAAUAGCCAUAAUGGAAUUUUGUUUGUUCAAAUGUAAUCCAAUGUACAUAGAAUUAAUGAGAGCUGCAGCACUUGUAUUUAUUGCUUAUUCAAAAUUUUAAAAUGUGAACUUAUUUUAAUUAUCUUUUGGUUUUAAUCUGCUAAUCAAAACCACUAUUUCUUUAAUCUGUAAAACAUACUCCAUAUGCCUGAUCAAUUAAAAUUCAUGUUACGCCUACUUAAA